CCAAUGAUAGAGGAGCAGUAGGCGGUUCCACAUUCCACCCAUCAGUCCGUGUUAGUGUGGCUUUCAGUGUUUACUUCCGUCAAUAUUUCCUCGGAAAAGAGAAAUGAUCGAUUAACGACGCAAAGGUCAGCCCGCCAACUCAAGGUUCUCCUUCCACCAUCCCAAGCCCUCCCUCCAGAAGAUGCCUUUCCUAGGUCAGGACUGGAGGUCGCCCGGGUGGUGCUGGAGGAAGGCGGAGGGCGGCUGGCAGAGGACUGUGGCGUUUGGAGACCACCCCAACGAGAUCGACGUACUCUGUGAUGUGAGCGGGGAGAACCUGUUUGUGGGAGCAGUGAGUGAGCCAGCCAAUCAGAAGACGCUGAAGGAAAUCUGCAACCACAACACCAAAUCCCAAUGUGACUUCAGCGACAAGUGGAUCUACGUGCAGAAGGAGAGCACCAAAGAGCGCCACGGCUACUGCACACUGGGAGAGGCCUUCAAUCACCUGGACUUCUCCAGCGCCAUCCAAGACCUGAGGAGAUUCAACUAUGUAGCCAAACUUUUCCAGCUCAUCGCAAAGUCCCAGCUGACCUCUCUGAGUGGUGGUGCCCAGAAAAACUACUUCAACAUACUGGAUAAGAUCGUAUGCAAGGUCCUGGAGGAGCACUACAACCCCCGGCUGAUCAAGGAGCUGCUGCAGGACCUGAGCUGCACCGUGCACGCCCUCACCAAGGGGGUGGGCAAGUGCGUGCUGGUUGGCAGCAUCAACGUCUGGCUCCUCAGGCUGGACACCAUCCACCACUGGCAGCUGCAGCUCCACAACCUAGACAUCCCCAAGAAAAUGUCCAAUGGCACCAAGUUCUGCGACCUGCCACUGGACACACACAACACCAUCCUCUACAAGUUCUCCGACGCCUCCGACAUCAUCAACCUGGGACAGGCCAUUCCAACUCUGCACAUGCUCAGUGAGAACCAAAAUCUGUGGAGGAAGCUUUGCCUCUUUCACUUCUCAGAGAGACAGUUCUCCAUGAAUAUGGUGCUGACUGAGAGUGGCAGUGUGGACUGGAAGGGCCUCUACUUCAGCCUGCAGAGGCACAACCCCCAGAGGGAGCACUACGGAGACACACUGCACUUCUGCCGGCACUGUAGCAUCCUCUUCUGGAAGGACUGCGGCCACCCGUGCACCGCCGCGGACCCGGAGCGCGCCCUGGUGCCCAUCUCCCCGCAGCAUUUCAUCGACCUCUUCAAGUUCUAAGGCCCUGUGCUCCGCUCUGAGGGCCCCGUCUACCUUCUGGGGGCCCCCGGAGGUGUGUAUGUGUGAUGUCUCAAUACAAAGUGCUUCAGCUGGAACGAGGACACUGUUUGAGGUCAUCUUUCUGUCCACUCAAUGCUUUUGUUGAGUGGAAAAAUGUUUAAUCGUUUAUAUUUGCGAUUUUUACACAAUAAUUUAUGAAUUAAUCUUUCAUUAAUUCAUUAAUCAAAAUUUUCUGAAGGAAAUAAUUGCAUGCCCUAUGCAGUUAUAAGUCUCUGUUUACCUCCAUUUCUUGUGUGCAUUCCUGUUACAAACAUUCACGUGACAUACACUAAAAAGACAAAAAUUCUAAUUGAUGUGUAUGUUUAUGCUUGCAAAACAACUUUUAAUGAUGCAAGCUUUUUGCAGAGAUCUCGAGGUAAAAUUGUAUUUAUGGAAAUUAAUUCAUUCUCUUUUUUCGACUUUUGUAAUAUCUUUUUAUCAUCCACUACACGUGUUGGUACUUACCAGUUCACAUUGUUAAUGGGUGGUAGCUCUAUUAUAUAGUAAUACAUAUUUAUACAUGUGUGUUGUUUGUUGUUCUGGGGCUGGUCCUGUUGCUGCUGUAAUCAAGGAGACGAUUGAAUUGAGAAAAUGUAAAGAAGAGAGAAUACAUCUGGGUAUCAAUGGUUUCCAGUUAGAUUCAGACUUCUCAGCCCUGUGUGUUACCCCUUUUCUGUUUUAAUGGAACACUGAAUUGAAUGAACAUUGCAAAGGUUUAUCUCAGCUGAUACACUGGGUGGAGUAGUUCACCCCUCAGUGGCCUUUUCUUACUUUAAACUUCCUGAAAUGUGGCUACUGUAACCUUUAUUAAACUGUUGUUCUUCAACAAAGAUUCUUAAACAAGUGUCCCCAUUAUCUCCUGGUCUGAACCGCUGGGCAUGAGGUCCAGCCCCUGUCUGCUCCUCUAUGUCAUGAAUCUAACACUGGAUAAAAGUGUCUGUUAAAUGACUCAAUAGUAAUUGUUUGUGAUGAAAGCUUAGCAUAAUGGUAAUUGUUUGGGCCAAAAUGUACUUGCAACCCCCUCAGAGUUGGCAGGUUCUGUAAGCACAAUUCAGAGCGAAAGCUGUGGAGAAAACUCUAAUCACAGAUCACGCAAAGAUGGCCCUUUCUUUUUUAUUUCAGAUACAGUAACGUAUGAUAGUGGAGCGUCUGUGAACACUUUUGCCAAACAGAUUGAUCCAAUCAUGUUGAUUCAAAGCAGAAUAAGAAGAUGAAGCAGAGGAUGAAAGGCACAUUUCAAAAUAGAUUGUGUUUACUAUCAUCUUUUCAAAUCAACAAUUUACCUAAAUCAUCAUGUUACAUUGGAUGAGUUAUAAAAUAGUGAUGCAUAUAGAACUAUGAUUCUUCAAUAUCUUACACAUACACAACACUGGGAUACGCUCACUAUGUUGCAGUCAAUCACAUUUGCCGUUUCUAUAUAGAGCCAAAUGAAAAGAAGAUACUGAGAUUAGUCAAUAAAACAAAUCAGCCAUCAUCAUUUGAUGUGUAGCUAUGCAGUAGGCACAAUCAGCUUUACAGCUUGUAUGACCAAUCUUGGUCUCAAUCCAGAAUCAGUCAACUUAUUGUUGAUUGAUAUUGGAGUAGUUAAAUAGCAUUCAGCAAUCGGCUGAGAUCUUCAGAUGAUUCGGAGUACAACCAGCAACUAACAUGGAUAACCUUAAAUCAACCUCACAGCCACUCUAUGAACCCUGACCCCUUAUAUCGGUAGAUAGAAACUCACAUAGGCCUGUUCAUAAUAUAGUGUCAACAACAAUUGUACAUUUGCAUAAAGCAGAAAAAAAAGCCCCAGAGCAUAGAAGACGUUAGAUUUAACAUUCUUUGAUAGUAGACUUGAAUUGCAUAGAAAAUACUGUUUUAAUAUAAAUUGUACAGUAGCAUCAGCUUUAAAUAUUCAAUAUAAAAUAAAUCCUAUCCAGCAGUGAUUCCUAACCAGGGGUACGGGUUUGUAUUCCAGGGGGAAUGCGGGAAGACUUUAAAAAUGCCAAUAUAAUAAUAUUAAAAAGUAUAAGUAUAAAUGCCACAUGGGAUUCGGUUUUUCGUGUAAAAAACCUAGUGUUAACGUUGGAAAGUGGUUUGCAACACUAAAAUGAUGGUUAAUAUUCCAAGGUUUAACAUGAAGCCCAUUCUGCAAUCAUUCGUUGCAAUAUAUUUAAAUUCCUUGCGCCGAUCCUCCUAUCAGUCUGUUGCUACCUAAACCACAUCCAGAGAAAGCUGUCUUCACAUAUAAUUUCACAUAUUAGGGCUCACUUCAGACAGACCUGACUUUAUAUAUAUUUAGGGGUAAACUAUUUGAAGUAAGUUGGGAGCCACUGCUGUGUAGUAUUAAAGGUGUUCCCUAUACCAUCACAGUUUAAUCUGUACAGUAAAGUUAGACUUUUACACAGUUUCCUUCCUCUAGAUCAGGGGUCUCAAAUUCGCGGCCCGGGGGCCAAUUGAGGCACGCGGGAUGAUAUUUUGUG